ACUCUCGCGGUAAAUCAAUUGUAAAUCUCGUCCGCAGCUCCAUCUAGUCACAACGGUACCAAGUUUGGCAUUUAUUAACACCAUGGAACUGAAACAUAUGACUAAUUUAACAGCACAGCAUCAGGUACUUACACCAGACAGUAUUUAAUUCGCAUUGGAGACGGGACUUGGUUGAUAGAUGUAUCUAGGUAACGCUAAUUAGCUGCUAACAAUGGCUAACUGUAUGGGUUUUCACACUCAAAUAGCCUCCAUCUUGGAGGUGCUAGCGAAUGCAGCAGUGGCAGAGAUCUGUAAACUCGUAGACGACGACUAUGCGGUGUUUCGUUUAGAAAUAACUCAAAGCCAGAAAGAAAACAGGGCAUUGCGGAGGAAACUACUAGAACUGAAGGUGUCACGGGAGCGCGCAGAGAGGACAAUACGAGAGCGCGUUCUCGCCAGUCGUCCCAGUAGUGUCAAGAUCCUUGACCGAUACAGAGGAAUGGCAAGAGGUGAAGGACAUCUCACUGGAGGCCACAGGAGCAUUGUGAAGCCAUUGGGACACGAUACACGGAAAGAUGAACAACCAAUCACUGUUGAUGAGGAGAGUAAAACCUCAACCCAGAACGUUAUCGUGAUAGAGUCUACAGAUGCAGAGGCUGCAGGUCCUGAGGUCAAGCAGGAGAGGUCUGAAGGAGAGGAGAACCCGCGGCACAGCAGAGACAUCCAGACUGGAGCAACUGUAGCAACCCAUGUAGCCACGGAGGACCCCACCACCACCCCAGCACAACCCAGGACUCGAUGCAGCAUCAUGGAGGAGGAGGGUCCAGAGGUGCUGCUGGUGAAGGAGGAGGGUUGUGAGGAGGGUCUGGGGAACCCUGAGGGGACCAUGGUCAUAGAGGACAACCAGACUACACCUCUUCCUGAACCCACAGAGGAACCAGCUGAGCAGCACAGGACCACACACAGUCUCACUGAGUCAGUAGACAUGGAAGAUGGGAAGCCGGAUCUGCUGCUGGUCAAAGAGGAGACAAUAGAAGAUGAACCAGAGAGCAUUGAUCUGCUGAGUGGACUAAAGAUGGGGGAGCAAGGUAGUUGGCUGGAGGCUAACAGAGGAGACUGGGUAGCCAUCUUGGACUCCCAGAUCCAGAUGGGUGCAGCCAAGUGCCCAGGGGACAUCACCACCGAGCAGGCCAGGACCAAAGGCGACUUAGUGGAGGCCAGGGGAUGGAACACCAUCCUCAACUCUGGGCUGGGGAACAACACUGUUAACAACAACCAGAAACAGACAAUUGAAUGCAAAACAACCAAACUUAGUCUCCAAGACAACAGACUGGCGGAGACCAGAGCGAGGCGUCGAUUUGGUCUACGGGGAUGGGGAGGUGUUGGUAUGCGGUGGGAGAGAUCAGACACAGACCCAGCUAGCGAUGGUCCAUCCUGCUCCUAUAGUUGUGAUUCAGAGAGACUGAUGGGGCCUCAGGUUAACUCCCUAACAGGUGCUGCCUUCAGCCUGCCUUCUAUAGGAUCUAUCAAUUGGAACAUGGACCCUGCGACAACACAGACACUCCCUGGCCUUCGGCCUCACACUCUCCUAAUGUUAAACCAGACCUCAGACAUUGCCAGUGCCUCAACACUAAAUGGCUACACAAGCCCAUUGACAAAUGAGAGUAGCAGAGACGGAAUCAGCAAAGGUGGCAGAGCCAAAGAGAAACGCUUCCCGUGUUCGUUCUGUGGGAAAGCCUUCAGUUUCCCCAAACAGGUGGAGAUCCACCAGAGGAUGCACACGGGGGAGAAACCGUUUAGCUGCCACCUGUGCCGGGCCAGUUUCUCGGACUCGUCAAACCUGAAGAGGCACCAGAGGGUCCACACAGGGGAGAAACCCUACAGCUGCCCCCAGUGUGAGAAGAGGUUCUCCCACCAGCACCAACUAAAGAUGCACCUGAAGGUCCACACGGGAGAGAGGCCGUUUGCCUGUACGCACUGUGGGAAGAGGUUCUCAGAGAGGAGCUACCUCAGGAUACACCAGAAGAAAAUGCACAUGGCCCAUGUAUAGAGUAUAGUGGUGACAUGUAAUGUAGUACUAGUUAGUAUGUUUGUAGUCAAUUCUGUUGUUUUUGGAUUUAGUUGGGAACUGGAUGAGGUGAACUGAGGAAAGAAUGAGUAUGAUGAUAGUGGCUUGUGAAAGUAUUCACCCCCUUUGCAUUUUUACAUUUUUUUUUUUACCUUACAACCUGUUAAAAUGUAUUUUGGGGGGGGUUUGUAUCAUUUGAUUUACACAACAUGCCUACCACUUUGAAGAUGCAAAAUAUUUUUUCUUGUGAAACAAACAAGACAAAAAAACUGAACUUGAGCGUGCAUAACUAUUCACCCCACCCCACACCUCCCCAAAAGUUGAUACUUUGUAGAGCUACCUUUUGUAACAACAACAACAGCUGCAAGUCUCUUGGGGUAUGUCUCUAUAAGCUUGGCACAUCUAGCCACUGGGAUUCCCAUUCUUCAAGGCAAAACUGCUCCAGCUCCUUCAAGUUGAAUGGGUUCCUCUGUUGUACAGCAAUCUUUAAGUCAUACCACAGAUUCUCAAUUGGAUUGAGGUCUGGGCUUUGACUAGGCCAUUCGAAGACAUUUAAAUGUUUAUCCUUAAACCACUCGAGUGUUGCUUUAGCAGUAUGCUUAGGGUCAUUGUCCUGCUGGAAGGUGAACCACCUUCCCAGUCUCAAAUCUCUGGAAUCUCUGGAUCUCAGGUUUCCUUCAAGAAUUUCCCUGUAUUUAUCGCCAUCCAUCGUUCCUUCAAUUCUGACCAGUUUCCCAGUCCCUACCGAUGAAAAACAUCCCCACAGCAUGAUGCUGCCACCACCAUGCAUCACUGUGGGGAUAGUGUUCUCGAGGUGAUGAGAGGUGUUGGGUUUAUGCCAGACAUAGCAUUUUCCUUGAUGGCCAAAAAGCUCAAUGUUCGUCUCAUCUGACCAGUGUACCUUCUUCCAUAUGUUUGGGGAGUCUCCCACAUGCCUUUUGGCUAACAGCAAACGUGUUUGUUUAUUUUUUUCUUUAAGCAAUGGCUUUUUUCUGGCCACUCUUCCGUAAAGCCCAGUUCUGUGGAGUGUACGGCUUAAAGUGGUCCUAUGGACAGAUACUCCAAACUUCGCUGUGGAGCUUUGCAGUUCCUUCAGGGUUAUCUUUGGUAUCUUUGUUUCUUCUCUGAUUAAUGCCCUCCUUGCCUGGUCUGUCAGUUUUGGUGGGUGACAUAUUCUUUCCAUUUUUCAAAGUUUCAGAUUUUUUUUUAUAACCCAACCCUGAUCUGUACUUCUCCACAAUUUUGCCCCUGACCUGUUUGGCGAGCUCCUUGGUCUUCAUGGGGCCGCUUGCUUGAUGGUGCCCCAGACUCUGGUGCCUUUCAGAACAGGUGUAUAUAUAUAUAUAUAUAUACUGAUCAUGUGACACUUAGUCUACCUGUGUGCAAUCUAACAAAUUAUAGGCUUUAUAGCAAAGAAAAGUGGUGCGUGCAUAUUUUUUUUCACUCAACCAAUUUGGACUAUUUUGUGUAUGUCCAUUACAUGAAGUCGAACUAAAAAUCUAUUUAAAUUACAGGUUGUAAUGCAACGAAAUUGGAAAAACACCAAGGGGGAUGAAUGUGACGGUGUCUGUAAAAAUGCUUCAACCUUGUCCUGUUGUUUGAUGCUGGGGUUUUAUGAGGAAAUGAUAGGCCCUUAAUGAAUGUUUACUUGAGAUGAAGGAGUAAAGAUGUGUGUAAUGUGAUGAACAUUUUCCAAAGUAUUCUAAAAUUAAUUUUAUCAAAGCGAGGUACCAGAUUUACAGAAAGGUAAAGUGUUACCAUAUUGAGAAAAGUUAUUCUACUGGUCACAUAUUAUUUUGUGCAAUAAAAGUUCUGUACUUUACGUUGUGAGUGUAUGACCAUUUGGUUGAAAUUAAAUACAUUUAAUCUGUGCUGA